AUGGAGGCUGAAAACGCCCGGACAUUUCAUUUCAUCCGCACAGGUCUGAUGGUGGAGAAGCCAGGAACCUUCAACCUGGCUGCCCCAGGGGAGGAUGAGAAAUUCCGCAGCCCCCAGCUGAGAUUGGCAACCAAGGCUUUAUCCCCUGGUAGGCUUUGCAGGAAACUUGCCAGAUGGGAGAGCUCUGUGCUCAAGUCAGAGCACCAGUUCAGCUCCUGGGACCUAGAACAAGGGAGGGCCCGCCACCCCGGGGAGGUGGGGAGGAAUGGGGGGGCCUUCCCGGAGGUGAGCGGCCGUUCCCCCCGGGAGCCGGGGAGCCCUCCAGGUGCUGAGGUGCCUUACUGCGACCUGCCUCGCCGCCUGCCUGUCUCUGAGGGUCCUCUCGGUUUCUCGACCUCCGGCUGCCAGUCCGUGGUGGGCCUGGGCCUUGGGCCAGGGCCAGAGAGGGGCCCGUCAGCAGGGUCCUCUGCAGAGGGCCCCACAGUCGCCCCCAGGAGCCAGGGCCAAGAGGCAGUGCCCUACCUGGAGGGUCUGGCCUCCUCUCUGAGCGGCAGCUUCGACGAAGGUCCCGACUCCGGCACCAGCUCCAGCCCUGAGUGCAACACCCCUGAUGAUCCCAGCGACUCGUCCUCCGUGGACUGGGACACUGUUGAAAGGCAGGAAGAGGCUCCCAGCUGGGACGAGCUCACCGUGAUGAUCCCAAGGAAGCCCCAGGAGGGGCCCAGAGCUGACAGUGCCCGAAGGGUUCCAUGUCCCGUCACCCGGGCCCCUGCGGGAGGAGAUACCGCAGGCCAGAGAAAGGAAGACACCUGCAGCAGGAGCCGAAGUGCUGGUCAGCACUGGGCCAAGCUCCGGGGAGAAAGUGGAUACUUCUUGGAGCAGCACCGCUCAGCGCUGACCCAGGCUUCCUGUGCAACGCCACAGAGCGGACCUCGAAGUGCCACCCCCCAGACUUCCUCUCUCCAUCGUUCUACCCAAAGGGACGUUAUCCAGACUGCUUCCACGCAGCUCGCUAACCCCCGAGCCUCCUCUCCCCCACAAAUCACCCAACGGGACAACCCCAGGACCUCUUUCACACAGCAAAACACCCCCAGUGCAUCCUCUCCUUCAAGACUUGCCCAACGGGAUAACCCCAGAGCCUCCUCUCCCAACAGAACCACUCAACGGGACAACCCCAGGACAUCCUGGCUGCGGGUACGGCCCCCGUUGCCGCACUGGGGGCCUGGCUCCCUCUGCGCCAGCCUCCUGGGCGGGGGCAGGUCGGCCAGCAUGCUGUACUCCUCCCUCUCCAAGUUGUGCCUGGUCUCCCCAGGGGGCGCCGAGCCCCGGGAGCCCCCCGAGCUGCCCGGCGGAGGUGAGGAUGCCAGGAGCACUAGGAAGUCCGAGGCGCCGGGGGCCUUCCAGGCCCGGGACGAGGGGCGGUCGCAGCGGCCCAGCCAAGGUCAGAGCCAGCUUCUCCGAAGACAGUCCAGCCCUGCCCUCAGCAGGGAGGUAACCAAGCCCCUUGCGAAGCAGGCAGAACCGGCCCGGCGGAGCCAAGCGGAGUCCCCUCAUCCCAGGAGCCCCGAGAGGCGGCCUGAAGGGGACUGGAGGCUCCAGGGGUCCUCGCUGCCCCUGAGGACAUCAGCCCGGACCCCUGAGAGGGAGCGGCGGCCAGAAAGAUCUCUGGAAAGUGGCCGGGCAGGCCCAAGACAGCCUCCGGGGGGCCGGCAGAGUCAGGAGGAGUCUCCAGGUGCCCAGGGCCCUCACAGAUACCUGGAGAGAGGCUGGGGCAGCCUGCCAGAGCUGUGUCCUCACCAGCCCACGAGCCCCCCGGAGAGCUCCAGGGUAGGCCCCGAGAUCCCCACCACCACGGGCCGGGGUGCUGAGGGAACAUGCCCACAUCGGCAUAGCCCUGAGAGGCGACCCGAGCUUGACUGGAGGGACCUCGUGGGCCUCCUCGGGGCACUCCGAGAGGGGGCCUGGGCCUGCAUGGAGGCGUCGACGCUCGCCUCCCGUCUUCCCAGGCUAGACUGGGAAGGCCUCCUGGAGCUCCUGCAGGCCCGGCUGCCCCGCCAGGACCCAGCUGGACACGGGGGUACGCUGGCCACUGCUUCGGGGCCAGAGGUGGGUUCCCCAGCCACGAACGGUACCCUGGAGCGAGAGCGACAGGGCCAGCCUGACGGCUGGGUGGAGGCCACCCUAGUCAACGGACAGAAAGCUGGACCGUGGCCCCAGAGCUCUGCCCAGCCACCCAGCCCUGACUACGUCUCCACCCAGUGGCCAAAGACCAAAGUGACACGUGGACCGGAGACCUCGACUAUGGCUAGUCUGGAGGAGAUGGGCCAGCCAGGGAGCAGGAGCCCUGCAGAGGGUCCCAGCUUGCCACAGUGGGAGUUCCAAUCAGAGGAGCCUGAGGAAUCAGAACCAAGCAAAGGCCGAGACUCACUGACCGACCAGAAGCAGGCAGAUUCGGCAGACAAGAGGCCAGCGGAGGGCAAGGCUGGGAGCCCACUCAAGGGCCGACUGGUGACCUCAUGGCGGAUGCCCGGGGACGUUCCCACGCUGUUCAAUCCGUUCCUGCUGUCUCUGGGGGUCCUCAGGUGGCAAAGGUGCCGCUCUCUGCUCCGGCGGGCGCUGGGCUGGCAGGACGCACAGCGAAGGACUGUCCCAGGGGGCCAAGAUGACAGCAGCCUCUGCUUCCCACCCCCUCAGCCCAAGACCAAGGAUGCUGUCUACACCUUGUCGGCCAUGACCUCGGGUAUCCGGCGAAACUGGAUCGAGGCUCUGAGGAAGACCGUGCGGCCAACCUCUGCCCCGGAUGUCACCAAGCUCUCGGACUGCAAUAAGGAGAACACGCCGCACAGCACCCAGAAGGGCUCCCUGAAGGCGGGGGAGCAGCGGGUGGGCUCUGAGGUCAUCGGUCGGGGCGGCCCGCGGAAGGCGGACGGGCAGCGGCAGUCCCUGGACUACGUGGAGCUCGCCCCGCUGACUCAGGGCUCCCCGCAGCGGGCCCGCACCCCGGCCCGCGCUCUCGACCGCCCGGCCAAGCAGGAGGAGCUGGAGCGGGACCUGGCGCAGCGCUCCGAGGAGCGUCGCAAGUGGUUUGAGGCCACGGACGGCAGGCCCGUGGAGACGCCGACCGGCGAGGCGCCGCGCCGGGGCCUGGGGGCCCCCCUGACCGAGGACCAGCAGAGCCGCCUCAGUGAGGAGAUUGAGAAGAAGUGGCAGGAGCUGGAGAAGCUGCCCCUGCGGGAAAACAAGCGGGUGCCUCUCACCGCCCUGCUCAACCAAAGCCGCGGGGAGCGCCGCGGGCCCCCGCGUGACAGCCACGAGGCGCUGGAGAAGGAGGUCCAGUCUCUCCGCGCCCAGCUGGAGGCAUGGCGCCUUCAAGGAGAGGCCCCUCAGAGUGCACCCAGGCCCCAGGAGGACAGCCAUAUCCCCCCGGGCUACAUCUCGCAGGAGGCGUGCGAGCGCAGCCUGGCCGAGAUGGAGUCCUCGCACCAGCAGGUGAUGGAGGAGCUGCAGCGGCACCACGAGCGGGAGCUGCAGCGGCUGCAGCAGGAGAAGGAGUGGCUCCUGGCCGAGGAGACGGCGGCCACGGCCUCGGCCAUCGAAGCCAUGAAGAAGGCCUACCAGGAGGAGCUGAGCCGGGAACUGAGCAAGACACGGAGUCUCCAACAGGGUCCAGAUGGCCUUCGCAAGCAGCACCAGUCGGACGUGGCGGCGCUGAAGCGGGAGCUGCAGGUGCUGUCGGAGCAGUACUCGCAGAAGUGCCUGGAGAUCGGGGCCCUGACGCGGCAGGCCGAGGAGCGUGAGCACACGCUACGGCGCUGCCAGCAAGAGGGCCAAGAGCUGCUGCGCCACAACCAGGAGCUGCACGCCCGCCUGUCAGAGGAGAUCGACCGGCUGCGCGGCUUCAUUGCCUCGCAGGGCACCAGCGACGGCUGUGGACGCAGCAGCGAGCGAAGCUCCUGUGAGCUGGAGGUGCUGCUGCGGGUGAAGGAGAACGAGCUCCAGUACCUGAAGAAGGAGGUGCAGUGCCUCCGGGAUGAGCUACAGAUGCUGCAGAAGGACAAGGAGCGCUUCACUUCGGGAAAGUACCAGGAUGUGUACGUAGAGCUGAACCACAUCAAGACACGGUCAGAGCGGGAGAUCGAGCAGCUGAAGGAGCACCUGCGCCUUGCCAUGGCUGCGCUGCGGGAGAAGGAGUCGAUGCGCAACAGCCUGGCCGAGUAA